UUCCCGCACUUAAACCGCCUUGAGAUAUCUAAUUACAGUGAUGGAUACACACGGUGACUGCACUCAGUACUGAGACGAGACAGUUACACAAAAAGCGGUGUCGAGGCCGGUCGUCCACUGCCCGCCGACAUGUAUAAUUUCCUUCUCGUCCUUUUACUGUGUCAACAUGCGUAUUCGCUUAAUAUUCUCGCCGUCGUUUCUUUGCCGCUGCGAAGCCACUACACCGCAUUCCAGAGGCUUUUCGAGGAAUUAUCCAGGAGGGGCCACUCGGUGACCGUCAUGAAUAACUAUCCUCAAAACGAGACGGAAAAUUUGCAGUUUGUGGAUCUUACAGUCGAGAGACCCAGCAUGAAACCGUUGCCGCCCAUGUCGCAGCACGAGCAGGUCGAUCCAAGAUACGCUCGUUUAAUGAAUCUAUACAACCACAUUGUGCGGAGCCCAGUGAUAGCUGAGGAGGAUUGCGAGAACUUUUUCACGAAUGACAACGUGAAGGCGCUGCGAGCGAGCGGCAAGAAGUUUGAUGUGAUUUUUGUUGAGGAGUUCGUGUCCGAUUGUGGUCUAGCGUUCGCGGCGGUUACGUACGAUGCGCCCAUUAUAGGCAUAACAUCGCAUACGCUGUUACCUUGGACAUACUCCCGGCUUGGAAUACCAUUCGAUAUCGCAUCCGAUGCGUUCUACUUCUCGCCGCACGGAACGAAUCCCUCGUUUUGGGGAAAGAUAGAAAACUUUUUGAUGCACAAGUUGCUAUUCUCUAUCGGUCGAUGGUACAUGCAGAGGAGUCUGUAUAGAGUCUUCAAUAAGCACCUUCCGGGUGUCAGUUUGGAUGUGGAGGUGAUUGGGAAGGAGAGAAUGAAGAUGGUGUUUGUUUACCAGCACCACUCUGUAACCGGCGCGAGGCUCGCGAGCCCGCAGUUAGUCGAGAUAGGCGGCUCUCACAUUCAUCAAUCAAAACCUGUUUCGAAGGAAAUCGAAAACUUUUUAUCAAAUGCAAAGGAUGGUGCGAUCUACGUGAGUUUCGGUUCCAAUCUCAAUGCAAACACGAUGUCAAGAGACAAAAUGCAGCAAUUUCUUCAAGCGUUUGAGAAAAUACCACAAAAGGUUCUGUGGAAGCUCGACAACGUGACAUUGCCGAUGGGUUCUGGCAAAAUAUACACCAACAAAUGGUUUUCCCAACUGGACGUUCUGUGUCAUCCAAAGGUCAUCGGUUUUAUCUCUCACGGCGGCAUGUUGAGUCUAUCGGAGGCGGCUCACUGCGGCAAGCCUCUCAUCACGAUACCGUUCUUCGGGGACCAGUUCUCCAACGCGGCUGCUGCUGCUGAGGUCGGGAUUGCCAUCACCAUGACCUUCCAGCAGCUGGACGCAGACAGCUUACUAGCAGCGAUAAGACGACUGACGUCUCCGAAGAUACAGCAGUCAGCGAAAAGGGUUUCCAAGUUGUGGCACGAUCGACCAAUGGAUGUUUUGGACAACGCCAUCUAUUGGACGGAGUAUGUAGCGCGGCACAGAGAGGCUCCGCCCGCGCUACCGAGCAAGAAUAGUUCGUGGUUCCAACUUUUGCUACUAGAUGUAUAUAGCGUACUAAUAGCAUUGUUAGUUUUUGUGUUUUUGUUCCUUUAUUUUGUUGCUAAGGUUAUCGCAAGUUUAUUGAAGAUUUGUUUAAGCAAUAAGGAUAAAAAAGAUUAAGUUAUUAUAGGUUUACCAGAAUCUGAUGGCAAAAAGUGAUAAGUAAAUUAAAUUGACUCUAGCAAU